AUGUACGACUUUGCGAUCUGUGGUGCGUUCUUAGCCCAAUUCCAUAAGAUCCAUGCCAUAUUUGGAUGCGCGAGUGUUUCGGUGGCUGCACAUGAGGUGGCGGGUGGCACUCUGGCGAUGGCGCGUGGUGAACCAGGAGCACACGGGUGGUGGCGCGUUGUGACUCCAGUGAGUGGGAUCGUGUGCCCAAGGUUAGGGAUUGCGUUAAUCUCAUUCAGAGGCCCCCAUGUUGAGAUGGUGAAGAUGAAUAAUCAAAGCAAUCUCCAAGUCACUUUCUCUAAACGUCGAGCCGGACUUUUCAAGAAGGCAAGUGAAUUGAGCACCUUAUGUGGGGCUGAUAUUGCUAUUAUCGUUUUCUCACCUGGUCGAAAAGUUUUCUCUUUUGGCCAUCCUUCUGUUGAGACCGUGGUGGAACGUUUCAUUAGUGGUAAUCCACCACAGGUUACUUCAGGAACUGAGAAACUCAUUGAGGCUCAUCGAAACACCAGUCUUCAUGAGCUCAACAUGCAGCUUACUCAGAUUCUUAACCAACUCGAAAUUGAAAAGACGCGAAGCGAGGAGCUUAACCAAACGAAAAAGGCCAAUGAGAAUGAAUGUUGGUGGAUGGGUCCUAAGGAAGAUCUAAGCUUGGCACAACUUCAACAAUUAAAGGCCUCUCUUGAUGAGACGAAGAAGAUUGUGGCUAAGCAUGCUGAGAAUAUUGUGCUUCAUACCUCAAAUACUCAUCUUCCUCAUCCUCAUCUUCCACAUCAUCAUCAUCAACCUCAUCAUCCUUUUUUUCUGAGAAAUUCUUCUAGUGGAACAGGGCUUCAAUCUGAGACAAGGCCGGCUGGAUUCAGGUCUAGCGUUGUUCUAUUCAACAAUCCAAACAUGAUGCCUCCAGGGUAUCAUGGAUUUCACCAAAGAUUCUUCUAA